UUAUUUAUUCAUUGUUUUUGAAGGUUUCUUCCUUAAUAGUGUUCAAGUGAGCACAAGCAUGAAAAUGUUCAGAACCUAAAAUAGCAAGUGGUCCAAAAUAAACUUUUGUGUGUCCAUAUAUGUGAAUUAAAUAUCUUAGUUGAGGCGUUUCUAAAGCUGAUACAAUCAUUUUACAGAUUACAAGUACUCAUUUCUGACAGGCCCUUGAAAGGUUUUAGAGAUUUUCAGGUCAAUUUCAUUUAUUGUGCAACAGAUUAAAGAAAACUUAGUGGUAAAGUGGGCCUCAGCUGCCACAGGAUGUAAGCGGUUGUUUGUUGUGUGAAAGCAGUGUUAAUUUCAAGAAGCGUUUCUGAAGAGACUCAGACCUGCUCUGUGUUUCUCAAGAAAUGCAAGGUCAAACCACAAAUGUCCCUUUGUGACAGUCCAGAAUGUGUGUACAUCUGCAUCCAUCCGUCCAUCCAUUCAUUCCUGUCUAUCGUUAUUGUCAAUUGUCUAAUAUAAUACUUUAUAAUAGUAAGAAUAACAGUGGUGGUGGUAGUAAUAAUAAAGUUUUUAUACAAUUUUGAAAUUGUUUAAAUGAGACCCCAUUAUUAUCAGACAGGACGACCAUAUUUGUAAUCUUCUUAUCUUUAAGGUAAGUUCUUUGCUUGUAAGAAACACAGGAAACCACAGCAGUGCUAUUAUAUAUGUGCAUUGUGUGCAGUUUUUGCAGAGUUUUGUGGUUUUGACACGUAGACAUGCCUCAAGCGAGAACAUUCUUAUGCACAUGUGCAUGUAUGUCUGUUAAUCAUCCAUUUGCAUAAAUAUUGCAAAAAAUGAAACAAUAAAUAAAUCUCUUUUUAAAACCUGGUUGUGAAUAAUUAGACUAGAUCAUUUUCAGUCUUUAUCAAAACUCUUUAGAAGAAACCCAUCCCACCACCAGAGAGAGUCAUCCAGUCAGAUAAGAGCAGCUAACCACACUGAAGACCCUCACAUUCAGCAGUCACUGAGAUGGAGAGAUCAACAGUCGUCAUACUUCUGUGUAAGUCCACUCAUUAGUGUUGUAAAUGUUGUGCUGUUUUCUUCAUGACGUCAGUUCUUUCACCUGUUUGUUCUGCAGGUGUUUUGUUGUGUGAAGAGCAGAAAGUGUUUGGGACAGAAGUGGAUAUGAGAGUUAAACCAGGAGAAAGCGUCACUCUCUACUGUGACUGUGCUCUACCGUUUGGAUCUCACAUUGUCUGGAUGAGAAACUGCUCGCAUGAGAAUCAGCCAUCUCUGUUCAUUGAUCCUCCAAAACUCUUCCUGGAGACGUUUCCACGGUUCAGUUUUCUGCUCAACAGCUCCAGUAACUCCUAUGAUCUGCAUAUAGAGAAUGUCAGUGUCUCUGAUGAGGGACUUUACUACUGUGCGGAAAGGAAAAAGACAUUUAUAGAUGAAGACGGCGUCAACUCAAAAUAUCUGUAUGAAUAUGGGAACAAAACAACUCGACUAGCUGUCCUGGCAGUUUCUGCACAUGAGUCCACCAUCGCCUCCACUUCUCCUCCAGUGUCAGAGUGUGUGUUCUGCUGGACGCUGCUGUUGAGUGUGUGUCCGGUGUGUGUUCUCUUCUCCUCACUCCUGUCCUCCAUCUGUGUUUACUGCUUCUGUCGUCCUCAAACUACAGGUUUUGACAUGAGUGCUGAGAUUCUUAAAGCAAAUGUUUUGAUGGCAGAUUGUGUGGAGAAACAUCAGUGUGAGGCGAGUAAGACUGGAAAGAUCUGCGUCCACACUGAAGUCUCUUAUAGACGACUGACAUCUAAACAUCCCUACACCAACAUCUGACACAUGAACUGCUCUUAGUCUACUUUCUGUCUUAUUUCUGAUAUCAUUAGUUUUAUUUACAGCACAUUAUCUAUUACAAUCAACUGUCUUUAAAUGAACAUUAUGAUCCACUGACUCUUAAGGGUUAUACAUUUUAUUUUUAGACAAUAUUAAUGUUUUUAAGACUGUGUUCAUUAAGAAAACAAACAAACAAAAAACACUAUUAAUAACAGCUCAGGCUGCAAAUGUUUGUAUCUGUAGAUCCUCUGCAUAUCUCAAAAGAAAGUUGGAUGUAAAUUUUUAAUCAUGAAUGAUCACUUUUUUUUCAAAUAUUAAACAAAUAUUUAAUAGUUAGUAGCGUUUAUGAACAUGAAUAAAAAUUGAAACGGGAGUCAUGAACGAACAAUGGCUUCAUCUAGUGGCUAAUAGCUGAAGGGACUUCAAAACCACUUAUUCACAAAUGAAUUUAUCAGGACCAGUUCAUUGUAACAUGGCAUGAGAUGAAACAAUGGUCAGUUUUCAGAAAUAAGCAAUUUAAUGAAAACUUCAGUAGAGUUAUAUUUUUUUUGAGUGAAACUUUAAUGAUUGUUUCUUAAUAUUUAAACCGUGUGCAUUACCUUCAUUACUAGAUUGUGUUCAGGGAUGUAUCAACAUUAUUACACUUAAUAAAAUCAGUCCAGUUUAUCUGAUGAUGAUAGUUUUUAUGAUUCUGUGCUCUGUAUUAGAAAUAAAAAGUCUUACCGGUUCUUUACAGAUUUAUUCUUUUUUUAUUCAACAAAAACAAAACAACAUCAACAAUAAACUAUAAAUUUAAUGUGUACAGAUUUAAGUAAGAUUGGAUUAAAACUUUACUUCAAUCAUAAACUGGUGGGAUUGCGCUCAUAAUAAUAAAUAAUAAAAGUUACUGUAAACACACACAUGUUCAAGCUAAAAACUGGUACACAAAGUUCUGCUGUUCUUUGAGGUAAACGGCAUAAAACUAUGACAAAUCAAAUGUAUAGUGUGUAAAAUAUACAGAUGAGCAGUACUAAAUACAAUAUUAGCUUAAUAUUUCACCCAGGCUACUUGAUCAUAAAUGAUAAAAAAAGAACAAGCAUUAAUGUUGUCAAGAUUCUGCCCUAGAAAUCCUGUUUCCAUCUGUCCUAUACUGUAGGAAAGUACAGUAUGUGAUUCUGAACUCAGCCAUCAUUACAGUAGACUGAUGUAGAAAUGUACUGUAGUCAUUUAGUGCUGGAGUUAUUCUGUUAAAUGCCACAGGAUGUGAGAAGCGCUUUUCAUGUGUGACUGAAGUGCUAGUUAUGGUGAUGGAGAGAGUCCAGCCUGCUCUUUGCUUUUCUAGGGUACGACCCAAACCACAAAUGUUUCCAGUGGCCUUUGUCACUGUCCUCUUGUGAAUGCUUACGUCUCUGUAUUUAUGAGUUUUGAUCAAGUUAAAAAAUAUAUUUUAUAUUUUCACUUUCAGAUUAUGAGUUUACAAUUUAGUAAAUUUCACAUUUCAUGUCAAAUCCACACUGAUCACAUACACACUGUAACUCUGAUACACAUUAUUCAUUUAACACUAAAGUGUCUGUAGAUUAUCACCAGGGCCACCAUACUAGCACAAACACUUUAUCAAUCAAUCAAUCAAUCAAUCAAUCAAUCAAUCAAUCACAUAUUAAACUGAUAUAAUAAAACUGAUCAUGAUCGCUCUUGUUUCACCCUGGGAUUUUUAGACAAGCUAAAACAGGAAACCACAGCCUCGUGAUUGUGUCAGUGCACUAGUUGUGACUUGAGCUUGUAUAGAGUACACAAAUGGAAUGGAAAGCUUUGCGGUCACAGACAAAAGCAAAAAUAAGUUUCUAGCAACUUUUAAAGACCAAGAGCAAAAGAAACCUUGAGUAAAGACAUUCAUUCUGGAGGUUUAGAAGCCAAAGAAAACAAUCAGCAUGUAGAUGAACGAUGCCAAACAAGAAACUCAUGAAGUAGCUCAACACUUCAGGUCAUCUCCAUUACAACAUUAAACAUCACAUCGUCCAAAACAAAAGUCCCAACAAUUUAUGAAACUGAGUUCACUCUUGCAUUUUAUAAUUAAACUUGAACAUCUAAAAGAGCUUUAAAAGUGUGUUUAAAGGAGCAGACCAGAUUAUACCCCUAAAAACAAAACAACAGCAUAAAGAUUCAGAGCUCUUCCACAGAGAUCCCUCCCACCACAAUGAAGCGGACCCUUCACACUGCAGCUGAAGACCCUCACAUUCACAGUCUCAGAUGGAGCGAGCGAGACUAACAGUCAUCAUACUUCUGUGUGAGUCAAUAUUUCUGUGUUUGAAUGUCAUGAUGUAUUCUUGAUGAUGUGCUAGAGAUUUAACACACACUCUUGCGUUUGUUCUGCAGGUGUUUUGUUGUGUGAAGAGCAGAAAGUGUUUGGGACAGAAGUGGACAUGAGAGUUAAACCAGGAGAAAGCGUCACUCUCUACUGCGCUUUACCUUCUGGAUCAGACAUUAUUUGGAUGAGAAACUGCUCACAUGAGAAUCAGCCAUCUCUGUCAAUAGAUCGCUCAACACUCUUCAAGGAGACGUUUCCACGCUUCAGUUUUGUGCCCAACAGCUCCAGUAACUCCUAUGAUCUGCAUAUAGAGAAUGUCAGUGUCUCUGAUGAGGGACUUUA